CGCAUAUGGAAGUAUAAUUGUGGGGUCGGAAGAUAUACCUGCCAGACUACUUUUAAAGGUGAACAAACUGCACACGCCGCAGAGUCCUGCUUCUUCGGCGAGACUGUAAUUCACUGGCGACGGGGGUGUGGUUUCUGACAUCAUUCGUAUAAAUACUGUACUAGCUAGCUAUAGCACUGGGGCUGUGAGGUCGGAUUUAGCCACGCAUUUUCUACAAAGACGCUACAGACGUCCAUUGCAACGUUGUGUCCUGAACAAAAAAUAUUUCUUUGUCGGUCAGAAAUCGAGGCCAUUUGCUGUAACUGGAUUGCCGACCUUACGCGCAAAGACUAUCGCUUUCGGUGCAGAAAGGUGUGGAGGCUGUGUGACCUGGGCGCAAGGGCUUUAUAAAAAAAAGGAAGUGUAUUGGAAAGUGCUUGCCUGUCUGCAGUGGAUUUAUGUUGUCAGGUGCAGGUUUCCUCUAGCCACACCUGUGACUGAACUGUGAGAAUUCUUGAUAAAUGUUGCAUUGCCAUCUGUGGAACAGUGCCACCGCUGCAGAAUUUCAGGACGUUCUGCGCGGGCUGUAGGUCACGCAGUCCCGAAGCGUACCACCCUUCUCUCCCCUCGCCACCAACUCUCAACUUCUCUGUCCUGCUGUGCUGCAAUUUUGUUGCCAUCAACGUUUACCUGCCUAUUUUGUAAAUGCAGUCUAUAACUUUCUCGUGUACAUGUACCUUUAGGGUCUAAGCAUCAGAGUAUAUCAGUAUUGCACCAAAUAUUUUUUUCCCCCUCCCUUAGCAUAUGGUGCAGUUUUGGACUUUCAACCUGACUGCUGAAUGCAGAGUAUCUUGCCAGAAAUAUUAAUGGGCAGGUCAGACUGAGUAGCUUUUUAAGUUUUUUUUUUUCUGAAGGGAGACAGAAGCACAAUUCCUGCACACCCUUUAAGCUCAUGAGAUCCCCAGACCAUGGGCUCUGACGGCUUUCAGUACCGCGCGCUCUUCGAGUACAAGAAGGAGCGAGGAGAUGACAUUUCUCUGGAGCCUGGUGACAUCCUGACUGUGAGCAAGAUGUCCCUUCUGACACCGGAGUACCAAGAGGGGGACGAGCGGAGCCCCAAGGGCUGGCUGCACGGGACCAACGAGAGGACCAAAGAGAAGGGAGACUUCCCCGGCACCUUCGUGGAGUACAUGGGGCUGCUGAGGGUCGGCCCGCCCACUGUGAAGCCAUGGCCCAGACCGGUGCCUCCAACCCCAGGGGGACUGCAGGCGGCAGGGGCCACAGCCGCAGGAGGCUCCUCUGGGCAGGUGGAUCUCCCUGAUGCGCUGGGACUUCCGGACACAGCCCCUUUGGUGGUUCAGAGGCUCACCGAGGCACUGGAGAGACAAGGUUUGGAGAGCGACUCCCUCUACAGGGUGUCCUCUGGCCUCUCAGGACCACCGGAGCUUCGACAGGCCCUGGACACAGACCCAUCCUCAGUGGACCUGGACCAGUACGAGGUGGCCGUGUUGGCGGACACCCUGAGAGGCUACCUGCAGGACCUACCCUCUCCCAUCAUCCCAGCAGCCAUCUAUAGUGAGCUGGUCUACACAGCCCAAGAGACACAAAGCAUCGAGGAGUGUGGGCAACAGCUGAAGAGAAUUCUGGAGUCCCCCAGCAUCCCCCAGCCUAACCACCAGCUUCUGCUGCACCUGACCAGAUACCUGUGCAGAGUGGCUCAGGCUGGGACACAGAGCCAGGCGAGCCCCAGGCAGCUAGGCCAGGCCUUCAGUGAAGCGUUCUUUAAACACUCCCUCUCCAGUGCGGAUGUGAACCCUGAGCACCAUGUCAAGAUCAUUGAGGCCCUGAUCGUGGCAGGGGGCCUGGUGGAGAUGCAGGCCGCACCAGCUCUUCCUCCCAAGCCGGCCAAGCCCAUGACGCCCGUCAACAGCAGCGGCGCGAAGGAGGCGCCGGGAAGCUCGCUGCAGGAUGCCGAGUGGUACUGGGGCGACAUAUCAAGGGAAGAGGUCAACGACAAGCUCCGGGACAUGCCAGACGGAACCUUCCUGGUCCGGGACGCCUCCACCAAGAUGCAGGGCGACUACACGUUAACGCUGAGGAAAGGUGGCAACAACAAGCUGAUAAAGAUCUACCACCGGGACGGCAAGUACGGCUUCUCGGACCCGCUCACCUUCAGCUCAGUGGUGGAGCUGAUCAGCCAUUACCGGCACGAGUCCCUGGCCCAGUACAACACCAAACUGGACGUCAAGCUCAUGUACCCCAUCUCCCGCUACCAGCAGGAUCAGCUGGUGAAAGAAGACAACAUUGAUGCUGUCGGGAAGAAGCUUCAGGAGUAUCAUAAUCAAUAUCAGGAGAAGAGCAAGGAGUAUGACCGACUGUAUGAAGAGUACACAAAGACCUCACAGGAAAUCCAAAUGAAAAGGACAGCGAUUGAGGCGUUCAACGAAACCAUCAAGAUCUUUGAGGAGCAGUGUCACACCCAGGAACGCUACAGCAAGGAGUAUAUCGAGCGCUUCCGCAGAGAGGGCAACGAUAAGGAGAUUGAGAGGAUCAUGAUGAAUUACGAGAAGCUCAAGUCCCGCCUGGGCGAGAUCCAUGACAGCAAGACCCGCCUGGAGCAGGACCUGAAGACGCAGGCGCUGGACAACAGGGAGACGGACAAGAAGAUGAACAGCCUGAAGCCAGACCUCAUCCAGCUGCGCAAGAUCAGGGACCAGUACCUUGUCUGGCUCAAUCACAAAGGAGUGCGUCAGAAACGAAUUAAUGACUGGCUCGGCAUCAAAAACGAAAACACUGACGACACCUACUUCGUGAACGAGGAGGACGAGAACCUGCCGCACUACGACGAGAAGAGCUGGUUCGUGGGCGACCUGAACCGCACGCAGGCCGAGGACCUUCUGCUGGGCAAGCCCGACGGGGCUUUCCUCAUCCGCGAGAGCAGCAAGAAGGGCUGCUACGCCUGCUCUGUGGUGGUGGACGGGGAGGUGAAGCACUGUGUGAUAUACAGCACCCCGCGGGGCUACGGCUUUGCAGAACCCUACAAUCUGUACAGCACUCUGAAAGACCUCGUCCUGCACUACCACCAGACCUCGCUGGUCCAGCACAAUGACUCCCUGAACGUGCGGCUGGCCUACCCCGUGUACGCACAGAUGCCCUCACUCCGCAGAUGAACCCGCCCCCCCUCUCACACCCCACACACAGCGACGACCAGGGGGGGGCUCAAGCUAACAAACAAAACAAAACAAAAAAAAAAAAAACACUUGCUGCAACACACACGUCAGCCACCUUGGAGUUAUAUAUAUUUUUACUAGAACAAUUGGAGGGCAUUCUUUCUAAAGACUGCUUGAUUUGCACAAGGAAAGUUGAAACAUUUGUGAAUGUGAAACGGAAGAAGCAGAAGAGGCGAGUUUCAGGUGACCGGCUGCUACCUAAACUCCAGCUGGGACUUUUUAACGCCACAUCUUAUCUUGAGUUCAUGUCCUUUUCAUCACCCCCUUUUUAUUUUGCUCAUUUUCUUUGUUCACUCCCUUUUUUUUUGUCGACUUAAACGCAAGGAAAAAGUAGUGUUUUAUUUUUCCCUCUUCGCGUUGAAAGCAAAAAAACUAUGUAGCAUUACAGACAACAGACACUUUUCCGGAUGUCUCUUUAUCACAGUGACGGCUGCUGAACACAGGGGGGCAAAAUAGAAAAUGUUUGUAGUCUUAAAGAAAAAAAAAGCUUGCUUUUAUACUAACGGUAGAGGAGAGUUUUGUUUCUUGGCUUCAUUAGGCUGGACUCUCAAAACUGGCUAAUUGUCUUAUUUUAAAAAAAAGCAGUCCAGUGCAGAGACCAAAGUUAGCAUGGGAGAAAAUCCACUGAAAUUUAAACUGAAAGAAGAAGAAGAAGCAGCAGAUUUAAUGCCAAUGCUUUGUUUAGUACCACACAUAAAAUGGAGUUUGGGCCGGUGCUUAAACACUUAAAGCUCUUUAAAAAUGUAUUGUUAACCAAAUUGUAAACACACGAAUGCUGAGUUUGAAGCACUUAUUUAAAAGAAACACUCCUGGAGCUGCACAUUUUUACACCAAAUUUUAGAACAUGAAGUAAAAGGAAAACCUGAAACCCUUUUUAUGUGUGGCUAAAAUAUAUAUGUAUAUGCUAAUGUCUGUUUGGGGGAAAAAAAAAACUUGGAUUUUUGUAUUCUUAAUAGAACCUACGAGAUAAGCUUUGAGAUAUGUAAAUGAAGCAGGAACAAUGGUUCAGAGUUGAAGAGAAACAUGCUUUAGGAGAUGAAAACUUGAAGAAAGUGCAAUCCAACAUGUAUUAUUAGUAGGGUAGGAGUCUACCGGAGAGCUGCACUAACCCUGCCCAGUGGCACAGAUGAGAGAUAAUCAAGGGCACAGUGAACCUUUGAAGAAAGAUUUUUAUACUGCUCCUAUUUAUAUUGGUGCUUGACUUUAUAACCAGUUGAAGCAUUUUGUUAAAAAGGUUUUAACAUUGGCUGCCUGUUUUGUUUAAACUCGUACAAUAAAAUGAAUAAAGGAAAGUGACCACAGGCGAAACGGCCGCGUAUGCAGUGACUUGACUUCCAGAAACAAAAAAAAAAACCUUAUUUUCAUAUUGGCUGCGGUGGCCUCUUCCUGGCCAUUGUCUUUUUUUCUGCUGCACUGGUGAGAUGAGGCUCCUGUGUGAAACAGCAGGGCAGGCUGGUUGGGGGAGCUGUUUCUAUGAGGAGCUUCCUGUCAUAGACAUGUGUGCCCAGCGGGCUUAGUA